AUUGCAUUUUAUGGCGACGAUUUUGUUUCAUUUGACUUGAACACGAUGCCUUGGUUUGCGCAUAGGUCAAAGAUAAUGGUGAAACAUAUCAUCAACAUUCACUUCAUGACUGUGCUCCCAAAUGGAAUGUUGAUUUACAUGGGCGGUUGGGAGGAAAAGAGCGAUUUUGUAAUGAUAAAUCUUGUACACGGAAAGUUAAGGUAUGAAAUGUUUAAUUAACAAUGUUUAUUUUAAUGAAAGGUUUGACAAAACAACGAUGGCGGUCGGUAACCGUAGACGUACACGGAAAUUAGUUAACAGUAGACUCGCGAGAUGUUCAAAAACAGACAAAAAGUGUUAAAAAUGCUCGAAAUUUGAAGUAAACAAAAACAUGAUCAAAUAGCAGUGAUGUGAUGUGAACAACUAACACGUUUUGAACUUGUUUCUUGACCAUGUAGAUUUUUGCAUUAAGUGGUCUGCCCCCGCUAGAGCUCAAAGUUCAUAUUUGUACCCAAUUUUCGACUUAAUAACAGGUUAUUUCACAGAGCUGUAAAGAGCACCAUCUGUGCUCGGUUUAGCAGUCACGCGUAGUCAUUUCAUUGAUCGAGCAAAAUAGGAUCCUAGUCUUUCUUUUUAUCCUGAUUUUACACAUUAAUGUUUAUGUUUCUAAAGGCGCGGUUAUGUUCUUACUUUCGCUGUAAACGAGGAACCUCAAUCCUAGUGCUUUUGAAUUUUCAGUCAUUAUCAGAAAUUGACUGUAAACCAGAAUUUUCAUUACCUUGCAUUUAUGAAGCUUUUUAAAAGCAUUUUGGUCAUAAAUUUUUUGUGGUCUUUAAGUUUGACAAUACCGCGUGAAAUAAUGUCGUUAACCUUGGUGCUAAAAUAAUUUUGUACUACUAAUACUAAAACGUUCAAUUAACAAAACUGAGCAAAGUACCUUUGCUAAUACCUUGAAGAGAUAAAGAUAGUUUACCUUGAGUAAAGGAAGGUUGCUUGCUCUUUUUUUGUUGUGUUUUCAGGGUUGUCACUAAGAUUUCAAGUUGCCCCCUAAAUACAACAAGUAGGCAGGGAAUCAAACCGCUAGGGAUUUCUUUUGGUUCUAUUUUUCUUCUAUUUUCCCAUAAAAGUAGCUGGGGGCCACUUUUUUAGUAGCCGGGGAAAAUCUCCGGCCUCCGGCUCUUAAUGACAACCGUGUGUUUUGUUUUUUAAAUUGUUUGUGUGUGUUUUUUGUGGGGGAGGGGGGGGGAGGGGGUGGGCAUCCGCGACUUUUCUUGGUGGUCAGAUCUAACUGAAGACCUGGGAGAGGCUGUGAUUUGUUGGAAAAGACACUUUGAAGCAUUGUAAUGAGACAAAAAUGUCAGAAUCGGGGCUCUAACUGUGGUCAAAAAAUAUACAACACAGCUGGGUGCUUACAUAGUUACAUAGUAAGACUGUCCUAACUCUUUACUGAUUAGUGCUUCUGUUCAGCGGCCGCGACGAAUUCGAAACUGGACUCUUGUAUCACUACGCUUUACAAAAAGCAGACUAUCCAGUCCAUACAUUGAUAGACAUUGAGCAAGAAACUGAACAACUUGAAUGAUCUACUAUCACUGUUUCCUAGUAUUUUGAGAAAUUGUCACAGGGGCCGUUUAUUCGAGAGGGGAUGUUUAUUAGAGAGAGGCGUCUAACUUAAAGGCGUUACCUAAUGGGUGUUUAUUAGACAAGAGGCGUUACUUGAGAGAGGGCGUCUAUUACACUUUAUGCUUUUUACUACAUUGGUAAUCCUGUGGUGUUUGGCCUUUCUCCUACAGAGUCACAGUAAACCUUGGUGACAACAAUCCUUCCCAAGUAGGGGAUCUGUGGAUAGACAACCUUGCUGAUAAUACUUGGUACAGGGCAUUGGUAACUCUCGAUGGACGUAAAUUAAAAGUAAGGAUUGAUAAAAAGAAUUAUUUGCUUAAGCUGAAAAGUGAACACACCAGGUUGGAUAUAGAGGGCUUGACGUAUAUCGCAGGACUAACCACAGGCAUGGCCAACAAUCUGCGAGAGUAUAAGCCUUCGCCACACUUCAAGGGCUGCAUUGAAGCUGUAAGCUACAGCGACAGAAGAAUUUUUCCCAGAGAAAACAAAAACAGGAAGCUCUUAAGGAGGUAUACAAUGCACGGCUCCCCCAAAAUCCUUGCCUCGCGAUCCAGGUGCAGACGUCUGGAAUUGAAGACGCUAAGCUUUGGAUACCCGGAAGCAUAUCUCAAGUUCGCCUCGUCGGGUAGAAUCAACCUGAACGUACGGUUCCACUUUCGCACGUAUUUGGCAAACCAGAUUUUAGUAUCGAAGGGUAAUGAACUUGGGCGAUUUUCUUUUGUCCGUGUUUUGAUGGUUAAAGGAAAGGUAUUUCUUAAAGUGAGGACGUCUCCUGGCGGUAUUGUACAACCGCUUUACUCUAAAAAGCAAUUGAAUGACGGUUAUUGGCACGAUCUGUCAGUUGUUGUGAAUGAGACAUUGAUAAAGCUAGCUGUUGAUAACGAAGUGCCGUUGGUGCAUUUUAAUCCGAGCCUGAAUCAAUCUGUUAACGAAGAAGAGGACCUGACCAUGUUCAUUGGCUUCGCUCGAAAGGCAACUAUGCCAUCCUUCAUCGGUUGUAUUUAUGGUUUAAGUGUCGACGGCGAAAAUAUUGUUUUCACUAAAAUAAGCCCGACAAGCAAGUCCGGUGCGCUGCAGAACUUCUGCAACCUUUCAAGCCCUUGUUUCCCUAAUCCCUGCUUACAUCGUGGUAAAUGCAUCGAAGCACGGUCUGGUGGUUUUAACUGUGACUGUCAAAGCACGUUUUACAGAGGGCGCUUUUGCGAAAAACCCAUUUAUCGAAGGACCUGCCAGGACUACAAAGAUCUUGGUUUAUCUGGUGACGCCAACUGUAUAGUGGAUUUAGACGCCGAAGGUCCUUUGAAACCAAUUACGGUCCUGUGUAAUGUUACGCAACAAGGAAAUGCCGUUACAAUUGUCGGGCAUAGCAAAAUUGGUCUUCAGAGGGUGAAUGCAACGAAAAUUUUCUUUCCAAAAAUAGGCUAUUUCCAUUCUGUGAGAUACCCAUCGCCGAUGAAGGAGAUCAGAGCUUUGAUCAACCGGAGCGAGCGAUGCCUUCAGUAUGUUGGCUUCAAGUGUUUUGGUUCCAAAUUGCUGCAGUCAGCAAUAGGCCCAUAUCAGGUUACGUUGAAAGGAAUAAAGUCGUAUAUAGCGCCUGAAAACUGGCCAGACCCGUCUUCAGGCAACAACAACUGCUCGUGUAGAGUAAACGGAACGUGCGCACUUCCCGAAAUGUCUUGUUACUGCGAUAUUGGAGACGAAACCUGGAGAGAAUAUGCGGGUAUGAAACCUUUUCUUAUUUUGUUAUAUUUGAGUUUUAAUUCGUGA